AUGCAAGAUGUGGAGUACAAGCCUGACUCGAAUCAUAUAUCUUUAAAUGAACUUGUACCUAUUUUGAAUGAAGAUUGCGAGAUAACCAGAGAACACCAGGUUAUGCGGAUUUUCUCAACAAAAUAUCUAUCGGACCAACACCUGAAAGGGUUCGAUAGGUACAAGUAUUGCUGUAUCGAUAAUAGUCCAUUAUCCGUUUACGUAUCACAUCCGUUCUGGAAUUGGAUUGUUGAGUUCUACCCAAAGACAAUCGCUCCUAAUGUCCUUACUUUGGCUGGAUGGGCAUUAGUAAUGGGCUGCUUCCUUCUCGAAUGUGUGCUAGAUUAUGAUUUGAAUAGAAAUAGUGUAGGGGGGAAAAAUCCUAUUCCGGAUUGGUUCUGGAUGGCUGCUGCCAUUUGUACUUUUCUCGGCCAUACUUUAGAUGGAACUGAUGGAAAGCAAGCUAGAAGAAUAGGCGCUUCAGGACCAACUGGAGAAUUAUUUGAUCAUGGCUUGGACUCAUGGUCAACAGUGCCUUUCACUAUCACAAUAUUUUCAGUUUUCGGAAGAGGAGCUUUCAGCGUGCCUCCCUUGAACCUGCUAUAUGUUCUCAUAAGUGUUCAAUUAGUUUUCAUAGUCACUCAUUGGGAAAAAUAUAACACAGGUGUUAUGUUUUUAUCAUGGGGAUAUGAUGCUAGUCAAUAUGGGCUUGUGUUUGUUUAUCUUUUCACAUAUGUUGUUGGCUACCAAUGGUUCAAGUUCAAUGUGAUUGGAGAUGUAACCUUUGCCAGAACAUUCGAGAUUGGGUUCUACUUGUGUUGUGUGGGAUCGCUCGUUAUGUCCGGAUACAAUAUGUGGCAUGCCUACGCCGUUACCAAGACAUUCAAACAGUCAUCAGUAGCCGAAAUGGCUCGUCCAAUGUUCCCCGUUGUUUUACUUUUCGCUUCAAGCGUAGCGUGGGCUGCUUAUUCUCCAACCCAAGUGAUCGAACAAGAUCCACGUAUGUUCUUCUUCUGUGUUGGAACUGUUUUCAGUAACGUCGCGUGUCGUCUCAUCAUCUCCCAAAUGUCUAGCACAAGAGCUUGUGUAUGGAAUAGCAUGCUGGCUAUUUACGUCGCAGUAGCUGGGCUCUCAUUCCUUCUUCCUGUCUUCGAACUUACUCUUCUCCGAGUAUCAACUAUCGUCAUUACUGGCCUUCACCUCCAUUAUGGUGUUUGUGUUGUUCGUCAAUUAUGCGAGCACUUCAAGAUUUACGCUUUCGAUGUUUCAUAUCUUACAAAAAAGAACUGA